CGUCAAGGCGACGGCACCAGUCUCGUUCGGAGCUUCCGUGACGCAACCUCGGAGGGCCUUCGCCGGCUAAAGAUAUUAACCGGGGCGCCUCACAGUACCCUUGAUAUGACAGACCCAGAUGUUCUCACUGAAGUUCCAGCUGAUCUGAAACGUCUUGCCAAGUAUGUAGUACGUGGCUUCUAUGGCACUGAACAUGCCUUGGCUCUGGAUAUUCUGAUUCGAAAUCCCUGUGUCAAAGAGGAGGACAUGUUGGAGUUGCUGAAGUUUGAUCGAAAACAGCUGCGAGCCAUUCUCAACACUCUUAAAGGUGACAAGUUCAUCAAAUGUAAGAUGAGAGUGGAGACUGCCCCAGACGGCAAAACCACCCGACACAACUUCUAUUUCAUCAACUACCGCUUGUUGGUCAAUGUGGUGAAAUAUAAACUAGAUCACAUGAGAAGGAGGAUUGAGACAGACGAAAGAGACUCCACUAACCGUGCCUCCUUCAAAUGUCCUAUUUGCUUUAGUACUUUCACAGAUUUAGAGGCAAAUCAGCUGUUUGAUACUCGGAAAGGAAUUUUUCGUUGUACUUUUUGCGAAACAGAAGUAGAGGAAGAUGAAUCAGCAAUGCCAAAAAAAGAUGCACGGACACUUGUGGCACGCUUUAAUGAACAGAUAGAACCGAUCUAUGCACUGCUGCGUAAGACUGAGGACAUUAACCUAGCCCAUGAAUUACUUGAGCCUGAGCCUAUGGAGAUCCUUGCCCUGAAGCAGAGCAAGGAGCGGGCAGUUGGUGCACUGGGGAGCAGUGGCCUUCCAAGUGGACAGCACAGGGAAGCGUGGACUACAAAGGGACCUUCUUAUGAGGAUUUGUACACCCAGGAUGUAAUAAUCAGUAUGGAGGACCAGGAAGAUCUGCAACAGCCAGCAAAUGAAGGGAAGGCUCCCAGAGAGAGACCUGUUUGGCUGCGGGAGAGCACAGUGCAGGGUGCUUAUGAUCCUGAUGAAGUCAAAGAUGGUGGUCAAGACAUGGAUAUGUUACAAGAAAGGGAAGAUGGCCAGGGUCUCCCAGACAAUAAUGAAGAAGUGAUGCGUGCUCUGCUCAUCCAUGAAAAGAAAACCUCCUCUGCAUCUAUAGCAGCUGUGGGAGGAAUUGCUCCAGUUUCUAGUACCAAUGCUAGUGAUUCUGAGAGUGAAACAAGUGAAUCAGAUGAUGACUCUCCUCCCCAUGUUGCCAAUGCUGCAACAACACAUUACAGUCUGCCAGAAGAGGAUGAUGAUGAUGAGUUUGAGGUAGAGAUGGAGGACCCCACUGUCAUGGUGGCAGGACACCCAUUUUCUUAUAGUCAAGUAACCCAGCGGCCUGAGUUGGUGGCUCAGAUGACUGUGGAGGAGAAAGAGCAAUAUAUAGCUAUGGGCCAGCGUAUGUUUCAAGACAUGUUUGACUAGCUUCCUGUUGGCUGGCAAUCGCAUACAGAUGAACUACAACUUCAAAUGCUGGAAGAGAGUAAAGGUCUGAAUUAUAUCUCCUGCCUUUUCAUUCAGUAUAAUUGUUUUUCAAACCCACACAACAAUUAUUGAAAAUCAAAGGACCAGCCAAAAAGCAUACUCUUUCUGCGUUUUUGUCACACACAGUCUCCGUAGUCUACCUGCUUCUAGAUCCUGUCUGUUAUCCUUGCUUUUGAUCUCAUAAGUUUUGGGUUGCUAGUUUUUCUGUCUUGAAAAGUUUAUUAUUUAUGUGAAUUUAUUAGCAUCUCAGAGUGAUCUCCAAGAAUACAGCAUCUCCAAAACUAGUACCAGAAGAUGUUUGUUUCAGAAUUCCACAUGAUCCAGGUGUCUAUACUAACAGCCUUACAAGCAUUGUGUAAACAAACGUAAGAUGUUUAUGCACACACAAAUACACACUAGCUUCCCGUGUAUGCUUUUUAUGUAAAAUAGAAUCUAAAGCCAAAGGAGAACAUAUGUGCUAUCAUGUUAACAAAUGGGUAUUUGGCUGCUGUUCCAAGAUAAUUUCUUGGAUAAGAACAUUAACAAAAGGCCAGUAGGCAUGUUGUUUACUGUUUAAUAGGAGGAUGGUGCCCAUAAAAAUGUCCUCUGACUGAGUCCUGAUAAAGCAGUCUAGUGAAUUGUGGUUUUCAUCAGAUACUUCUUUUAUAGGUCAAUGACUCUUUAUUUCCUAUUGUGAGCAAAUUCCUGUCUUUUCAUGCAAUCACCUGCAAUGCUAUAGUUUUUAAAUGAGAAGAUUCAACUUUAAAAUGUAGUCUGAGUUUAGUUUUCCUCUCUCCUCUGGAAAUUCUUGUAUACUUCUCAUUGAUGGACAAUCAAUAUCUCAGAAUCAGCACUAAAUUCAUUCUCAUGAAAACCAAAACAAAUACAUUUCUUGGGUGAGAACACUAGGGAUGCAAUAUGGUUGCCUUUCUUUAUCUGUAAAUUCUGUCCAGCAGAGUGCAUUUGUUCUGAAUUAGGUCUGUCAUCCAAGUAGCCUGUCAGCAGAGCUAUUUUAUUUUCACACAAACCCAAAGGAUUUUAACAUUAAAAAAGAAAUUAUGCAGAAUUUUGUUCAAUGCCAGUGUAUAGCACGGCACAGUCUCUUUUGAUAUUUUCAGCAGUGCCUAAACAAGCUAAAUCUGUUUUGUAGUGUCAUUUUUUUGGAAAAUAACUUCUAAAAAUCAUAUUUUUCUUAUUUGGCAUCACAGUAGACCAGAGUAGAAAAGUCUUGAACAUUUCUGAGCUCUAGCAUCUGCUGCAAAUUUUAUUUUAAUUUACUGAAAUGGGACAAGUUAUUGGGCUAGUGAAUUGUAAAGCUAGUGUGUAUUGACCAUGUAUGUUUUGCUAUGCCUGUGAGGUUUCUUUUGCAAAUUUAUUUUCCGAGACUGUGAUACUGUUGAAAUUCGUUUCUUCCCUCUUGUAAUAAAAAGGAACCAAUAACAUGA